AUGCCCGCCAUCGAUCUACCUCACACAGACAAAACCCAGAUAUUCAAUGUCUACCUUACAAAGUCCCAUACUAAUAUGACCGUGACAUUGGCGGAUAAAACGCCCCUAUAUUAUGUCCGAUGUUUGACGUUCACGUUUGGGAGACCCGAAAUGACCUUUCACGUGGGAACGGACCGUACCGGUCCCGUUGUUGCCAUUUCCAACUUCACCACUUUCUCCAGUAGCUCCAAACUCGGUCUCGGGGACCCCGUGGACGCUGGACAGAUGGUGUGGGAAGACUUGAAGAAGGAAAGCAGGGACCACUCGAAAUAUCGACUGGAGAUGACAAUCCCCACCGACUCCGGUCCUGAACGGAAGAGUUUUCUCUGGAAACGCACCCACUCUAUUGGUGUGGAUGGCUCGAAGCCAUCUAUGUUUAGCUCACUGAACUUCAAAUUCCUAGACGAGAAGACAAAUGAAGUAUUGGGCGUUUUUGCGAACAACGGGGUCAAGAGCAUUAAAAAGCAAGGGAAAUUUCAACUCAACGAGACUUAUGGAAAGGAAUUCGAGUUGAUGUUUCUUGUGUCUGGCCUUACUAUCAUUGAACGCGCGACGCGUCGUGAGGCAGCACGCAGCAGCGGUGGGGGUGGGGGUGGCGGCGGCGGCGGUGGUUGA